CAAUAUAAAACCAAAAAUACUACCUUUCCUUAUUGGAAUUGGAGUAUGAUAAUGUAUCAAAGCUUAUUCAAAGAAACUGCUGCUUUCAAUAAUUCAAAUCCUUUAUUGCAACUCCUCUCUCUCUCUCUCUCUCUCUCUCAUAUUUAUACACAUAUACAAGUUGUAUUCAAUCUAGCUAAGCUUUUGCCAGUUGCCAGUUCCAGCCAUAAUGGAGUUGUUGUCAGAGAAUGAAUGGCUGAGAAGUGAAUCCCAGUUUACUACUUCCAAGCUUCUCUGAAACUCCAUUUCUUAUUUUUUCAAGAUUCAAUUUAUCUGCAUUCCUCUUCCUAUUUUCACUUUCUACUUGGCUUCUCCAUCUUUUUGAGAUGGAUUGAUAAAGAGAUGAAGAAAGUGUAAGUGCAGGUGCAUGAAUUAAGUGAAAUAUGGAAAUGGAAUCAUCAGCAUCAGCAUCAGCAUCAUCAUGUAAAAGAGCAAAGGCCCCUCAGACAGUGGUAGCAGCUCAAUGCUUAGUAGAUGGUUGUGAUGCUGAUUUAAGGCUAUGUAGAGACUAUCACCGCCGCCACAAAGUGUGCGAGGCUCACUCGAAAACCCCUAAGGUCACCAUUGCUGGCCGAGAGCAACGCUUCUGCCAGCAAUGCAGCAGGUUCCACUCGCUGGUGGAGUUCGACGAGGGAAAAAGAAGCUGCAGGAAGCGGCUGGAUGGGCACAACAGGAGGCGGAGGAAGCCUCAGCCGCCACCGGAUCACUCCUCCGCGUUGCUACAAGGAGGAGGGACGCUUGUUUCGUUCACUACGCCUCAUUCGUCGUGGGCUGGGCUUGGGCUUGGGCUCCAUCAUCAUCACCAGGAUAACAUGCUCUACAACAAUACUAAUUCAAGCACUCAGAUUUUGCAGAAUCAUAACAACUACUACUAUAAUGGUGGUGAGAGUGAGAGAAUGAACUCAUCCACAUUUCAUCAAACAGAUGAUGGGUAUAAGUAUGCGUGUGAUCCUGCUCUCUCUCUUCUGUCAGUUGAAGUUGAAACUCCUCCUCCUCCUCCUCCGCCUCACCAGCUCAACUACUGCCCUUCAACGCACCACCACCAGUCAUCAACUACUCGGACUUUCACCUGGGAUCACUAGCUCCAUUGUUGCAAUUGCGAAUACUCCUAUUUACUCUCUUUUGAUCUCUGCAUCUGUUGUCGAUAUGUGUAUCAAUUUUCUACUCCUCCCGCUUUUGUUUCAUCGGUUUUUUAUUUAAUAUAACCUCAUUUAAACUGCCUUCUUUUUA